CCCCCACUGGCGCGUCGGCCUACUCCUGUGCUGGCUACUCACUCCUCUCCUGAAAUUAUGCUCAACGCUUGUGUGCUCCAACUACUCACUGAUCUGCCGAAUGCUUUCGCUUUCGAGGUACUCCUCAUUCUUUCCAUUGUUUCAUGCUCGCUUGUCUUGCUCUUUGCUCUCGUCGCUGCUAUUUGCCUACUUUUCAUUCCACACACUUCACACUUUGUUCAAGGCCAGUUCCUCACACUACCCUUCCUUAUCUCAGCGCUUGCACUUCCUGGCCUUCUCACUUCACUUCAACGUUCCGCGCCGAUUCCCUGACCAGUCCUUUCAAGUGAUCGUCAUCUUUUUUACAGCCGCGUCCACGUGUGACUGGCUUUCACACAGUCUCAGACCAAGUGCGCGCACUCUCCCAACACAAGAGUAUUCCGAACUCGUCAAACGCAUAGAACUGAACGCUCUUCAACCGAGCCGCCUCAACGCCCAACUGCACUGCUUUGUUUUCU